GGGAGAAUAAGAGGGACUCUGGGCUCGUGGGUCGGGGUCCCGGGAACGCGAGCCUGCGCGUGAGGCCGCCGCCGGGCCGAGCACCAGCAGAUACCAUGUGGAUCCAGGUUCGCACCAUGGACGGGAAGGUGGCCCACACUGUGGACUCACUGUCCAGGCUGACCAAGGUGGAGGAGCUGAGGAGGAAGAUCCAGGAGCUGUUCCACGUGGAGCCAGGCCUGCAGAGGCUUUUCUACAGGGGCAAGCAGAUGGAGGACGGCCACACUCUCUUUGACUAUGACGUUCGCCUGAAUGACACCAUCCAGCUCCUGGUCCGCCAGAGCCUUGUGCUCCCCGCCAGCAGCAUCAAGGAGAGGGACUCGGAACUGUCGGACACGGACUCGGGCUGCUGCCUGGGCCAGAGUGAGUCCGACAAGUCCUCGAACAGCGGUGAGGCGGCCUCGGAGGCAGAUGGGAAGGCGAGCUUGGCAGAUGAAGACACAUGGGACGAGACAGAGCUGGGUCUGUACAAGGCCAACGAGUAUGUCGAUGCUCGGGACACGAACAUGGGAGCGUGGUUCGAGGCCCAGGUUGUCAGGGUGACGAGGAAGGCCCCGUCUCAGGACGAGCCCUGCAGCUCCACCUCUAGCUUGACGGCGGAAGAAGACGUCAUUUAUCAUGUGAAAUACGACGACUACCCGGAGAAUGGAGUGGUCCAGAUGAGUUCCCGUGACGUCCGGGCUCGUGCCCGAAACAUUCUCAAGUGGCACGAGCUAGAGGUGGGCCAGGAGGUUAUGCUCAACUAUAACCCCGACAAUCCCAAGGAACGUGGCUUCUGGUACGAUGCAGAGAUCCUGCGGAAGCGUGAGACCCGGACAGUGCGGGAGCUGUACGCCAACGUCCGGCUUGGGUGA